AUGUUGCUGCGCGCCGGAAAUUGCAGUCUUUCUACACAAUUGAUCCUUAACGUUGAUCCGUCCGCCGAUUUUCGCAAGAUCCGUCGAAUUUAUACUCUCUCUGACGAUGCUAGGGACUGCACGGCACUAAACGGUGUGAAUUUCAACUACGAAGUACAGUACAAGCCUUCCAGGUCUCACUCCGCUCGACUGAUUUGGAAAGAAAAUACCUGCUAUAUCCCUUUCCUAAUGUUUACAGAGGCACGUGACUGCGUCCAAAAAUGGAAAUUAAAUGUUUUAUACUACCCGUGCUCCCGCCCCAACAUCGUCCCGUGUUGCGCAUUAAUAUCUCCUGGAUCCUGGCUAUCUCCCUGA